AUGUCUAAUCCAAUUAUUGAAGAUUCAGGAACAGGAUAUCUAAAAAUAGGAUUUGCAGGUGAUAAUUUUCCAUCUCAUUCCUUUCCAGCUAUGGUAGGAAGGCCAACACUUAGAGCAGAUGAGUAAUUGGAUGAUGCCAACUUGAAAGAUAUUAUGAUAGGAGAUGAAGCUUAGCCAUAUAGAGGAUUAUUAGAAUUGACUCACCCCUUAGAAAGAAGGAGUUGUGAAAAAUUGGGAGGAUAUGGAAUUAAUUUGGGAUUAUGGUUAUAAGAAAUUAGGCAUUGA